AUUUAUUGAUGUCAAACGCAGCUAUACCUCUAAAAACAAGAGGAGAAUUUCUCUACCUGAAGAACAAACCUUAGAAAAACAAUAAAUAACAAGAAGAAUGGGAACAAAACAACAAAACAUCCUUGACUAUGAAAGAUCUGCAAAUCCAAAGGUCCCCACCAUGAAGCUGAUCUUUUUGUUCCAAAUCCUGAAGGUCCAUGGGAACCCCAUCUGCCAACUGUGAAAAGAUUGAGACAUCAAGCAUUCAAGCCCCUCCGGUCUAGAAAAUGAGCCACUGAAUUGGCUGCCCUUGGCACAUGAACUGCAGUCCAAUUUGGAAAGGGCAAUAAGAUAAACUUAAUCUCCAUGAUCACAGAAGCCCAGUCAGAUAACAACUCAACUCCAAGAUUAUCAUUAACAGCAUCAAUCAUCAAAAGAUAAAAUAAUCUAUGCAGAUCCCAAAUCCGAUCACUAACAGCAGCAUCAAAAUUUAUUUUGACAAAACCAGCAGGAGGUAAUUGCCACUGGAUAUUGACACGUUGAGACUGACAAGGAUGAAUAAUUACUUGUUUAAUUAAGAAAAAGAGCGCAAAUCACUAUAGAAUGCAAAGAAGAGUACGAGUUCUAGACAGCAAGAGGACGGCGGGACCUUCGGGAUAGGCAAGGUCAUGGGGGAUGACUGGUUUUUACAUUGUCAUUUUUGGAAAGAGAGAGGGGACAAAACUAAACCUCCAAACGACUCCUUCUCAGCUUCCCCACCUCUAAAAUCACUAAUUUUUCUAUGUAUGCAAAAUCCAUCUGAAAACAAAAGAAAAAUGUCAUUCGUCUUCUUUCCCUCCUUCUUUCUGGUUCAAUUCUGGUCCCACUCACUCCGUUUUGCACAGAAAAACUCCACCCAUAUUCCAAAAGUUGAUGAGGAUGAAGUUUAUUGGAGACAAGAGAAGGACGAUGAGGAGUUGGAGUGGACACAUAAAUCAACUCCUGUGAUAUUGCAGUUCGUUCAAUGUUUUACUAAUGCUAUGGUUGGACAACGAUCUACGAUAGGAGGGCUCUUUACCCGGUCAAACAAUAAACGCACCAAGAAGUUUUCCGACUAUCCUUUGAGUCCUCUUCAGGAACAAAGACUUCAAAAGCUUCAUGAGCGAUUACAGAUGCCCUUUGAUGAGACUAGCACUGAUCAUCAAGAAGCUCUUAGAGCAUUGUGGAAUGCUGCUUUCCCGAAUGUUUUCCUAAAAGGCUUGAUCUCUGAACAGUGGAAAGAGAUGGGUUGGCAAGGUUCUAAUCCUUCAACUGACUUUAGGGGUUGUGGGUUUAUAUCCCUUGAGAACUUGCUCUUUUUUGCCAGAACUUACCCGGCAUCUUUUCGUAGGUUACUAUUCAAGGAAGAUGGGAUGCGGGCAACUUGGGAAUAUCCAUUUGCUGCUGCUGGCAUCAAUGUAACAUUUAUGUUGAUUCAGAUGUUGGAUCUAUCCUCAGCAAAGCCAAGAUGCCUGCCCGGAAUCAAUUUUGUUAAAUUAUUAGAAGAAGACGAAGCAGCCUUCGAUGUACUAUACUGUAUAGCUUUUGAAAUGAUGGACGCUCAGUGGCUUGCUAUGCGUGCUUCUUAUAUGGAGUUUAACGAGGUCUUGCAAGCAACGAGGACACAAUUGGAGAGAGAGCUGUCUUUAGAAGAUAUUCAUCAAAUGCAAGAUUUACCUGCAUACAACCUCUUGUACAAUUAGCUUUCUUAUUUGUAGCCGUCGUCUUCUUUUUUAUUAGUAGCUCUUAAAGACCAUGAAAAUAUCACCUUGAGUAGUGCUGUGCCACUGGUAGAAUAGAGUAUACUACCUGCAUGCCUAAAGAAGCCAUACAUAAAGCAAACUAAAUUUCGGUGAAUGAAUGGCAUAUUAUUCUUGG